GAAAAAAAAAAAACUCUGAUUUUGUUGUUUUUGAGACAACAACAUCAAUGUCUUGAAUUAACUACCAUUUUCUUGAGUUUUCCUUGAAUGGGUUGUUGCCAUUUCUUGGAAAGUGUAGUCUUGGCAUGUUGAUUUGAGCUACUUUUGUUGUUUUUGAGACAUAAAACUUAUCAAAAUCUUGAAUUUUUUCCAAUGGCUGCAAUUCUCAGGUUUAGGAAGUUGUGUUUUCUUGAACCAGUGAAAUCAUUUGAGAAACCAAAAAAUGAUGAAAAACAAUCUUUUGAACAACACCCAGAAAUUGAAAGAGUUUUAGAGAAACCAAAGUCCAAGAAGACCAAAAAACAGCCUAAAGAAUGGAGGUGUUUAGAUAGUUGUUGUUGGUUAAUUGGCUACUUGUGUACAAGUUGGUGGCUGCUUCUGUUUUUGUGCAAUUUUUUGCCUGGACUUAGAGUCCCUGAAGCUCCUGGUGUUCGACUUAAACGCGAUGGAUUAACCGCUCUACAUCCUGUUGUUUUGGUACCUGGCAUUGUCACUGGUGGCCUUGAGCUUUGGGAAGGAAGGCCUUGUUCUGAAGGAUUGUUUCGAAAAAGGCUAUGGGGUGGUAGUUUUACUGAAAUAUUCAAAAGGCCUUUAUGUUGGUUGGAGCACUUAUCAUUGGAUAACGAAACGGGGCUUGAUCCACCGGGGAUUCGAGUCCGAGCAGUUCCAGGACUUGUAGCAGCUGAUUAUUUUGCACCAGGUUACUUUGUUUGGGCUGUUCUUAUUGAGAAUUUGGCAAAAAUUGGGUAUGAACAGAAGAAUAUGUACAUGGCUGCUUAUGACUGGAGACUUUCCUUCCAAAAUACCGAGAUCAGGGACCAAGCGCUGAGUAGGCUGAAGAGCAAAAUCGAGCUUAUGUACGUAACAAAUGGUUACAAGAAAGUGGUAGUAGUGCCUCAUUCAAUGGGAGUUAUCUAUUUCCUUCACUUCCUUAAAUGGGUUGAAGCGCCUCCUCCGGUUGGAGGUGGCGGCGGUCCGGAUUGGUGUGCCAAACACAUUAAAGCUAUCAUGAAUAUCGGCCCGGCAUUUCUGGGCGUUCCGAAGACUGUUGCCAAUAUAUUGUCUGCUGAAGGAAGAGAUGUUGCCUUUGUCAGAGCGAUGGCUCCUGGUUUGCUGGACUCUGAGACCUUUGGUUUUCAAACACUUCAACACAUUAUGCGAGUUUGUCGAACAUGGGACUCCGUCGUUUCCUUGCUACCGAGAGGAGGAGAGACUAUAUGGGGUGACUUGAAUCGGUCUCCAGAAGUAGAAAACAUAUGCUAUACAUCGAAGGCACGAUACUUACAAUCUUCUUCAAAAGAAAGCAAUGGCAAUGACACCGAUGCUAGGAGGAGUUUCCACGUGAAGGAGCUGCCGAGAUAUGGUAGAAUAGUUUCAUUUGGCAAGGAAAAAUCAGAAUUACCUUCUUCACAGCUCUCGAUUAUCGAUUCAAAGGAAUUCGUGCGUGAGGGGGGCGCAUCCAGAAAUUCCAACACGUCAUGUGGAGAAAUAUUGUCGGAGUAUGACGAGAUGAGUCGCAAAAGCAUCAAGAAAGUUGCUGAAAAUGAUGCAUACACAGCAAGAACCGCAUUAGAUCUUCUUCGGUUUGUGGCACCGAAAAUGAUGAAACGUGCUGAGGCACACUUCUCUCACGGAAUAGCAGAUGACCUUGAUGAUCCAAAGUACGCCCAUUACAAGUAUUGGUCAAAUCCACUUGAAACCAAGUUGCCGGAUGCUCCGGAUAUGGAGAUAUACUGUUCAUAUGGAGUGGGAAUUCCGACAGAGAGAUCAUACGUCUACAAGCUGUCAUCUUCGGAUAAAUGCAAGAGCAUUCCUCUUCAAAUCGAUAGCUCAGCAUACGGAAGUGACAACGGGUGCUUGAAGGGUGGAGUACACUUUGUAGAUGGCGACGAGAGUGUACCUGUCGUGAGCGCUGGCUUCAUGUGCGCGAAAGGAUGGCGAGGCAAGACACGUUUCAACCCCUCAGGCAUCUCAACGUACGUAAGAGAAUACCAACACAAGGCACCGGCGAGUAUACUAGAAGGCAGAGGCAUGGAGAGUGGCGCCCACGUUGACAUCAUGGGAAACGUCGCCUUGAUUGAGGAUGUCCUACGAGUCGCUGCUGGUGCCACCGGUGCUGAGUUGGGUGGCGAUAGGAUCUACUCGGAUAUCAUGAAAAUGUCCGAGAGGAUAAAUAUUCGGCUUUAACCGCCACAAUGCGAUUUUGAUAAGAGAUAUGAGAGUAGAACAGCAAAAACUAUAUUGAGGUAUACUGAUUCAGACAAUCAAAGCAUGGGAUGAGCAAAGUGGGGAACUUUUUUGCAUUGAUUGUUAGUUUCUAACUAUGAUGUUGGGCGGUGGGGUGGGGGGCAUUGGGG